AUGACCACAUUCAAUGGCUUAGAAAUAACAACAGCCUCAAUAAUCGCCGCGCUAGCCAGCGAAGGCGCCAUCCAUCCAAUGGACACAGUAAUAACACGCAUGCAAUCCCCAAUGUACAGCAGCGUCUACAAGCACGUGAACGGCACAUUCAGCCGCACCCUCUUCAGCGGGUUGUACCAAGGAUUCGGACCAAUCUUCGUCGCAGGAACACUUUCAUCAGUGGCUUUCUUCACAGCAUACGAAGCCUCAAAGACGGCAUUCGAUAAUGCACAGUCUGCUGGAUAUAUUCUCGGCGUCCCGCGACCGCUGAUUCACAUUACUAGCAGUGCUGUUGCUGAAUUACUCGCUUGCGCUAUCCAGAACCCGGCUGAGGUAUUGAAGCAGAAUGUUCAGGUUUACCAAAAGCCACUUAAUGCUGAAAGAGGUCCGUCUCCGACGAUGGAGAUGUUGCGUCAGUUCCGGAAAUAUCCCUCUGGGUUGUGGGCUGGGUACGGUGCUCUAGUGGCGAGUCAAUUACCGAGUAUGUGUCUCACGUUUUGUUUGUAUGAGACUUUCAAGGAGAAUUUGCUUGAGCGAUGGAAGACAGAGAAAGAUGAUAUUAGGCAGCAGCUUGAAGCGACUGUUUUGGGUGCUGGUGCUGCGGGAGGUUGUGUAUCUUGGUUCUUUGUUCCUAUCCAUGUGGUCAAGACGAGGAUGAGGCUUGCGGUUGGUGAACAGACAGGCAGUACCCAGUCGAGUCUCAAGGGGAAAAUCGGGUUACCAUCCCGUGUCGGGGCAUUUGAUAUUGCUCGAGAUGUGCUCCGGAAAGAGGGGAUAGCUGGGUUGUUUCGGGGAUCUGCUUUAACCUGCGUGGCAGCAGUUUUGGCACGGCUGGAGAUCAUUCCAGGCUAA